GCGGCAGGCGCGUCCCCGCGCGAACAGAGAGGGUGCCCGAGACGGGGGCCGAGAAACAAAGUUCCCGGGCUGUCUGCGGGGCUACAGUCGGGGCUGCCCGUGGGGCCGCCGGAGCCAUGGCUUCCAAACUCCUGCGCGCGGUCAUCCUCGGGCCGCCCGGCUCGGGGAAAGGCACGGUGUGCCAGAGGAUCGCCCAGAACUUUGGCCUCCAGCAUCUGUCCAGCGGUCACUUCUUACGGGAGAACCUCAAGGCCAACACGGAAGUUGGUGACAUGGCAAAGCAGUACUUGGAGAAAGGUCUUUUGGUUCCAGAUCAUGUGAUCACACGCCUAAUGAUGUCAGAGCUGGAGAACAGGAGCGGCCAACACUGGCUGCUAGAUGGUUUUCCGAGGACAUUAGUACAGGCUGAAGCCCUGGACAGAAUCUGUGACCUGGAUUUAGUGAUCAGUUUGAACAUUCCAUUUGAAACACUUAAAGAUCGACUUAGCCGACGUUGGAUUCAUCCUCCUAGCGGACGAGUGUAUAACCUGGACUUCAACCCACCUCAUGUACAUGGGAUUGAUGAUAUCACUGGGGAACCAUUAGUCCAACAGGAGGAUGAUAAACCUGAAGCAGUUGCUGCUAGGCUAAGACGGUACAAAGAUGCAGCAAAACCAGUCAUCGAACUAUACAAGAGCAGAGGAGUUCUCCACCAGUUUUCCGGGACCGAGACUAACAAGAUCUGGCCUUACGUUUACUCACUUUUCUCCAACAAGAUCACACCUAUUCAGACCAAACAAGCAUACUGAGCUUGCCCAGUGGAAGAAUCAGAAAGAUGUGAUCAUUCAUACAAUCAUGUGUGUAGUAUCGGAUCUGUGUCUACAUUAGAAGCUAGCUGAGAGAGCUUGUAGCAUCUGUUCUAAUCCAAAUGGUGAGGUGAUAGGAAAACUAUCCAGUGUGAGGAGUUCAUGAAGAGGACCUUCCAAAAGAAAGUGACUUUGUACAUGUGUCAAGCCCUUCAUAAGAAAGCAAAUACAGGCUGGAUUUCAAAUGUCUACCCUGUUGAGACCGAGGCCUUUCUGCAUGUGAGGGUGGUCGCCUGCGGUUCUCCCCUUCCUCCAAAAGCUGCCGAACCAUAUCACCAGCAAACCUGAGGACACCCAGGGUUCCAGCCCCAGCUUGUCUCAGUUCUCUGCUGUGUAACCCUGCGGUAAUUAUUGAAUUGAAGCUAAUUAUACCCAAUGGCUGCUUCUGCCUUGACUGACUGUGCCCUCAUGUCCUUUUUCCCCCCUGCCUAGUAGAGUAACACCGUCUCUGCAUCCCUGCUUUAUGUCCCUGCUCUAUCUUUUGGCUUACUAGGCUACUAAAUAAUACAGAUGAUUAUUGCAUUACCCUCCCUCCUCCCUGCAAUUUCCUCAUUUUAUGUACUGAGAACAAGCGGAUUGUAUUGAAUUUCUUCAUACACCAGAAACUGAGCCACAUGGAAGGUCUUACUUUAAAUAGCUAGUCAUACUCAUGGGCUCACUGUUUAUUAUAUGAAAGAGUCCCAAAAGUCUUGGGGAAUCCUCAGGAAAUACAGGAAAUCCUCACUGAUGGAAAUGUUGAAUAAUAAUCAUAUAUUAUAUACAAAAAGAGUAAUAGGACUCCAUGGAAUUACUGGACUUAUGGAAUCGUUAAGCUUUUUGUUUUUUUACUCAAGGCAAAAUGAAUUUUGAACAUGCUGCUAGAUACAGAUGCCAAUGGUGUUUUUCUUCUGUGAGUGACUCAGAGAGAUGAUAGGAGGAUAGAGCCUGUGGGGUAGAGGAAAAUGUUGCACUAGGUCUAUGUAGGUUGAGUAGGAUUAAGGGAAUAUAAAAAUCCCCCUAUUCUUGCCCAAAGAUGUAGUCUAUAGGGUGACCAUAAAGUCUAGAAAUAAAGGUAUCGUUACUUUGUCUUUCAUUGCAUCGAUAAACCGUUUGUUGAAAGAUGUUCCCGGUUUCCAGACUUGUUGGCCACCUUAAAUAAUUCUUGCUUUCCUCUGGGAAGAACCGUGAAGGUUUUUCUUGCUGCCUUAUGAAUUUAUAUCCCUUUUUCAGACAUGAUUCUUGUUUCCAAGGGAGCAUCUUUGAAAGGUUGGUGUCUUUUGUCAAAAUGUUCAAGUGGGUAAAGGAAAACAGAAACUAUUUCAGCACUUUAGUGGUAUUAAAACACAACACUUAACUUUCGGAAGAUGCCCCCAAGGGUCUUGAGUCUUUUCACUGCCAUGCAUAUUCUAUACAGUAAAGAAUCUUUCUAUUUUAUAAUAGUGCUCAAAUUUUUUCUGGUUCUGCUUUAUCUGUCUCUUUAUAUACGUGGCUCCUUAGCUUUCAUGGGGGAAAUGCAGACCAGUGUUCAGCCCAUCCCCUUAACCCCAGAGAAAUGCAGUUGUUUACUUUUUAGUGUUCUUUACUGCACACAUCCAGUUCAGGUCUAAAACACCAGUGCAUUAGUAUAUCAAACUCUGAGCACUUUAGAUGAAUUGCAUUUGGGUGCCAACUGACGGGGACUAGGUGAAAUCAAGUAGAUGAAGUUUGGGUUUCCUGGGUAACUAAGUAUAUUUCCUGUAUACAAUUCUGACAGGGAAGGAGAAUUUGUACAAUUUAGAGUAAUAUUGUCAUAGACACAACUGCAAACUGGGAAAAGUAGACUUGAAGUUAUUACAGAUGACUCAAACGAGGAGAAUAUGUGCUUUUUUUUUGAAUCUUCAGAUGACUUUCUUCAGUUCCUCUGGGAGCAUUGCUUCUGGAAUUUCUGAGAGAGAGAAGAAUGGGAAAGGACCAGAUCCCUGAUUUCAUCCUCUACUCCUGCAUCCUUCCCUCUUUCUUCCCUUUGCAAAGCCAAGCAGAUGAUCAUCAACAUGGGGUUACUCAGUGAGUUUCAGCAGAAGUUGCUUUGCUGAGAUCUCCCAGUGGUUGAGAGUCUUUUGUUAGGCAAGACCAGGAAGAAACAAACAUCUUUCCCUUUGGCUUUGAAAGACUAUGCUUGUUUUGUGUUCAAUGGUCUUAAAAAAAAUCUGAUUUUCUUCAACAGACUUGUUAAUUUUUUCCUAAGUGAUUUUAUAAAAAUAAAAGUUAACUUGAAACUGUUUGGGCAGAAGUACAAUUAAAGGAAUAUCUUUUCUUGUUUUUCUUUUUUUCUUCUAGUGUCAUACAUGUUGUUCCUUCACAGUUAAGUAAAGUGAAUACCUUGGAUGGGCUUUUCACAGUCCAACUAGACCUUGUACUACUUGGUUCUUCCAACUUCCUAAUUCAAGUUGCUUCCCACAAUCUAAACAUCUGUCCUAUUUUACUGGGAACUUGGAAACACUGCUGUAUUUACUUACCACUGAUGAUAGGUGCCAUUUAAAAAAAUUGUUAUUGUAUAGUUAAUAUACAGAGGGGUUACAACUACACAAAUCUGAUAAAAUCAGUACCAUUCUUUUUGAACCAUGUCUUGAAGGCCUGUUGAAUUAAAUGUAUACUUUCAGGGUCAUUACACAUACCUCAAGAAAUCUUUAGGAUCCUUCUCUUCUAAACAGAGAAGACAGGCCCAGGUUGUGGGUGUCUUGGCUGGACCCUGCUGCCUAUCCCCAAUAUCACUUGGACUCAUGUUCUAGUUUGAUUUUCCUGAGCUUUUUCCUGGCUAUUUACUGCUUGUGUCUUGCUCUAGGCAACUCAUGCCUCUGAAGUUGCUCAGUUCUGCUUGUGGCCACAUAAGAAUGGCCAAGUUCACUGAAGGGACUUGUGAGAUUGUUCCUUUCUCUCCCCUUUGUUAAGCAAAGGAAGCUGCUAAGAGGUUCAGAGGCCUCCUUAAGUCUUCAUCUAUCAAUAAAAGGCUGGACAGGCCAGGCUGGGUCCAGGCUAAUGUGUCUUGCAUGCCCUUUUGUGUCUGUUGUGCUGUGAGCCUGCAGAGCCUUUACCCUUCAGCCCUUCCUACCAUGCUUCCCCACAGAGAGGUCUAGGCUCUGUGGAGCUGCUCAUAAACUGGUCACUCCCUCACUUUUACUCCUCAAACAAGGCCCUGAUGAUAAACUCAUCUUUCGGAAUAUGGAACAUGUGGUAACCACUGACUUUUGUAACACUGUCCUUGUAAUAUUCCCUACCACAUUAACAUGGUUCCAAGGGCCACCCUAUCUAUUACCCUAGCCCUCCACUUCUCAUGCAACAACUAUGGUGGUAACCAGGGGAGAUUUGCUUCCUGUCUUCUUCAGGGUGCUCUUCCCUGAAUACUCUUUCUCAUAGCUUGCCUCGGAUAAACUCCAGUGUCAUCAAAAUCAUAGUUGGGCCUUCUGUUGAGAAGCAAAGGCAAGUGGUAAGAAAUGCCAGGUGGAGUGGGGAAGAACUCAAGGUCCUGCUGCAAGGGCUUUCUCCACAAUUAAAAAUACUGAGACAGAACAAUUCUUAACAGAUGCUGUAUAGGCUGGGUGCUCAUGCCUAUCAUCGCGGCUGUGGUGGAGUCAGAGCUUAAAGUGAGCCUCAGCAUGAAAUUAGUGAGGCCCCAUCUAAAUAACCAAGCAAAUAAACUCAGCUAGAUGGGAGGCAUAGGUAGAAGGAUUACAGUUUGGUAUCUGGCCCAGGUUAAAACAUGAGACUGAACAAAAAACACCAUAACAACUAAAGCAAAAAUGGGAUGGGGGAUUAAGGAGGGGGGCGGAUAUGGCUCAAGUAGAAAUGAACCUGCUUAGCAAGUAAAAGGUCCUUUGUUCAAACCCCAGUGCUACCAACAAAAAAUAAAAGAUAUCUAAACUCAUAAAUAAGUAUGGUUUUUUUUUGUUUUUCAAAUUAGUUCCAGAACCUGAGUCCCAUCUUUGACUUCAGCCAAGAGUUUGCUGAAGCUUGCUAGAGCCCUUUGUUUAACCUCAAAGAAUACACAUUUCUGGAUGUAUUGAGUUGUUGGCACUUUGGGUAUUUCUUCUGUGUUAUACACACAUUUCAUGCAUCACCUAAAUUGUCAACCAUUUCCUGCUUUAAUAGAUAACUUGAUUAUCUUGUCUCCUUGUCUUUAAACAUGGAAACAAUCUUACUUAUUUAAAUACAUGUUUUCCUGUAGCUAUAGGGAUUCCUCAGGAAAUCCCACAGGCCUUUUCCCUGCCUUUCCCUGGACUGGGCUUUCCAGUCAUGAAUUGGUAAAACAGUGUGUUUGCUUCAGCUUGGAUUCUUGGUUCACAGAGCUCUGGUGACGAAAUGGCAGUGGGUGGGUGGUGGCAGUAGUUGCAUAUAGUGUAAGAAGAACCACGUGUCUUAUCUGUACUGGGGAUUCACAGGCUUUCUAGUCUAGUGGAUAAGUUUAAUUUCUUCUUGACAAUGUCUUUCUGUGCCUCAACUUGCUGGCAAGGCGGUUUGGAGGAGACUUCUACUCAUAGUGUGAGUUGCUUUCUCUCUAUCCUCUUCCAGUUGAUGUUAAUUCCCAGUCUGCCUGGGGUCACAAGAGAAGAACACAGCAACAGUUUCUUCUUUUAAUAUGAGAAUAUCAUCUGGUCUUAAGUUGUUACUAAUCUUUAUGUAUAACCCACCUAGCCUGGUUUCUAGCUGAGGAACAUGUGCCAGUACUGGAAAACCAUGAAGCCAUAUUUCAACUAUGAAGGCAAACCUGCUUCCUGCCUGUGUUGAAACAUAACAAAUUAAAAUUGCCCAUAAAUGCCAUACUUUAUCUUUGUGGCAGCAAAUUGCACCUUUCUUGCCAGAAUGAAUGCUAUUAUCUGUGUGCUCCAGGGUGUUUCUCAAUUUGAUCUUUGUGUGUGUGGUAUGGGUAGCUCAUGUGUGUCAAGGGGGCCACUGUCUUCAUGUAUCUGCUCCUGGUGAUUAGGCCUUUGUAGGAAGCUAAGUAUCUUCUUUAAACAAAAGGUCUUCUCUUUCAAAAGAACUGACCUAUGUCAUAGAUUUUUCCCUGGGGUACAAAUGAUUUUGUAUUUAAUUUAGAGAAAAGGGAAGACACGAUGUAAAGUGCCAUAGAAUAUGAACUUCUCAGAGGGCUUUUCUAGUGUUAGAAUUUGUACUACUGAUUUUUACACAUUCAUGGUUUUUAGAUGAGCAGAUCUCUGGGGGAAUUGUUGAGUUAUAGUAGCAUUUCACUGUGAUUGCUCCUGAGUUCAAGCCAGUCUCCUAACCAGUGCCACCUGGUUUUCGGUUUACUGUCUUGUGAAAUGUCAGCUCCAGUUUCCCAAGAGGCUUGUGUUUACGAUGAGUCAGAGCUUUCCCUCUGUGCCACAGCUGUCAGCCCUCUUGAUUUGGGUCUGUGUGCUUAAUUCAGAGUAUCAAAACCAGUUAUCUGUUUUGUGUGUGUGUCCUACCCUAGCUGAUAAUUAAUUGUAUUAUUGGUUAUUUUGCUUAUCUUGCCUGAAGACUGAUUUGUACUUCUCCAUUUGAUAGAAAUAAAGUUUUUCUGCUUCUAACUA